CCCCAACCCACCCACCCUCAGCUGCACUACUAAUCACGUCACAAGAUCCCCUUUUCCUCUCUCCCACCACCACCGAACGACGUCGUCCCCCGCGCGCGCUACUUCACGCGGGACUUGGGCUCGCGAGGCCGCCGGAAUCCCGCGGGCGAGGCUCUCCUCUCCCCGCCGCGUCCCCAGACUGGUUGAUCUGUAUGAUGACAUUCGUAAAAUGAUACUGUAUUUUAACAUAUAUUUGAGAUGGAUGAUCUGCCAGAUGGUGAAGGGCAAUCUGAUAUACACUCUACUGACGCAAAUUGGCUGUCCUCACAUGAAGAGCAUAAGUUCCAAUCCAUUUCCUUGGCUAAGCAGGACCACAAUUCGGAUUUGGCAGAUUCUUCUCUUAACUGUAUGAAAGGUGACCAUUCAUUUUGCGCUUCUCAGGAAUUAUGGUCUACUGGAUCUCUAUCGAGUCCAAUACCCAAUGGAUUUUACUCAAUUAUACCGGAUAAGAAACUGAAGGAGUGUUUUGACGCCAUUCCUUCUCCUGAUGAUCUAUAUUCCCUUGGAAUAGAGGGCUUCAAGGCUGAGAUAAUUCUUGUGGACUUAGAGAAGGAUAAAAAGCUAUCUGCGAUAAGGCAGCUAUGUGUAGCUCUGGUAAAAGGAUUGAGUUCUAACCCAGCCGCAAUGAUAAAAAAGCUUGCAGGUUUGGUUUGUGACUUCUAUAAGCGACCAAAUCCACAGCUCAGCCCUGCAAGAACUUCUUCUGAAGAAAAUUUUCAUUUCAUGGAAAACAAGGGAAUUCAAUUGUUGGGGCAGAUAAGACAUGGAUCUUGUCGGCCCAGAGCAAUUUUAUUUAAAGUCCUUGCUGACUCUGUUGGUAUAGAUUCUAAGCUGUUGGUGGGCAUUUCAGAUGAAGAAUCUCAUGAACACGAUGACUCACCCAAACAUAUGUCUGUUGUUGUUAUGCUGAAGUCCAUGGAGUUUCUCGUUGAUCUAAUGCGUUUUCCAGGACAACUAAUUCCAUUCUCAUCCAAUGCUAUAAUCACAUCCCAUAUAUCUGCUGCUGGAGAGAGUGACUCUGCUGACUAUGAUUCUUGUGAUUCUCCUCUUGAACCGAAUAGUCCUUUGUGCUCUCAACGGCAAGAGCAAGAUGAAAACAAUAGGUCAUUUAAAGUUCCGUCCCUAAGAGACAUCAUGCACCGAACUUCAAACUCUAUGGAGGGCAAAUUGAGAUGUUCAUCACAUAGUGAACCAAAUGUUGCCAAUGCCUUAUGUGGACGCCGUGGGAGGAAAGCUAAUGAACAUCAAAGAACUGCCAGUUCAAGUCCAGACCAUCCAUUGUCCAGAGCACAUGGGCGCUCAAACUUGGGUGACAGACAGUACGGAGAUGGUGUAGCUGUAUCAAGGUACCUCAAUGGUGCAUCAACGUCAAGUGCGCGGAGAGGACGUCCAAAAAGUAUGAGUACAUCCCCUGAAAUUGGUGAUGACUUUGCGAGGGCAGUUAAAGAAAUGAGUGAAAGCAUGAGGAAAAAUCGCCAUUCAAGGGCACAUAAUGAUGGUAGUCCAGGACAUUCAAAUGAUUCACAGAGAAAAGAGGAAUCAGUAGGUGACCUCAACGAUGAUGAGGUGUCAGUAAGAGAACCAAAUGUUCAGGAGGGUUCAAGAAGGCACAUUAUUACUCAGAAGGCAUUGUCAUUACCUUCAUCACCGCAUCGGUUAGGUAACCAUGGUUCUAAUCUUAGAGAGCCAGCUGACUUCCUUACAGCAGAAGAUCUGAUGUCCACUUGGAAUAAAGCAUUGCAAUCUUCACCAUUUCUGAACAAGCCAUUAUUGCCUUUUGAAGAAUGGCAUAUUGGGUUCUCAGAGAUUGCUGUUGGCACUCGUGUUGGAAUAGGUUUUUUUGGGGAAGUUUUCCGUGGCAUCUGGAAUGGAACAGAUGUAGCUAUAAAAGUAUUUCUGGAGCAAGAUUUAACAAUGGAGAAUAUGGAAGAUUUCUGCAAUGAGAUCUCCAUACUUAGGUUUUCAUAUAGCUUUGCUGCAAUUUCUGUUAUUCUAGCAGUUCUGUUCUCUUAUUAUUUCCUUUUUCUUAUUUUCAGCCGUCUCCGACAUCCCAAUGUCAUAUUGUUCCUUGGUGCAUGUAUGAAGCCUCCUCACUUAUCCCUAGUCACUGAAUAUAUGGAAAUGGGUUCCUUGUACUAUUUGAUUCACACAAGUGGCCAGAAAAGUAAGAUCAGUUGGCGAAGGAGGCUAAAAAUGCUCCGUGAUAUCUGUAGGGGUCUUAUGUGUAUGCACCGUUUGAAGAUAGUUCAUCGUGAUCUAAAGAGUGCGAAUUGCCUUGUUAACAAGCACUGGACAGUCAAGUUAUGUGAUUUUGGGCUCUCUCGGUUAUUGUCGAAUUCUGCAAUGAGUGACAACUCAUCUGCAGGCACUCCAGAGUGGAUGGCUCCUGAGCUUAUUCGUAACGAACCAUUUACAGAAAAGUGUGAUAUCUUUAGCCUCGGAGUUAUCAUGUGGGAGCUUUGCACUCUGAGUAGGCCCUGGGCAGGAAAGCCGCCAGUUCAGGUUGUUUACUCUGUUGCGAACGAAGGGGCAAGAUUGGAAAUACCAGAUGGACCUUUGGGUAGCUUGAUAGCAGUAACCCGUGGCAGAAACUUUUCAAAUCACUGGGCAUCAAGCUUCACAUGAGUACUUCAUACCACCCCCAGUCUGAUGGGCAGACAGAAAGGGUUAACCAAUACUUGGAAAAUUACCUCGGUGCAUGGCUUUCCAACAGCCUACUAAGUGGCACUCCUGGCUGGCACUAGCUGAAUGGCGGUACAACACCACUUUCCACACCUCUCUGAAAAUGACUCCUUUUCAGGCUCUAUAUGGUUUCCCACCCCCCAUGGUUGCUGAAUCCAGUCUGCCUGAUUUUCUGUGUGAGGACUCACCUGACUUGCUGCUCAACAAGGACCUAGCUCACCAAGUGAUCAAGCAAAAUUUGCAGAAAGCACAAGAAAGAAUGAAACACUUUGUUUACAAAAAGAGAAAAGAAAGGAUCUUCCAGGAAGGUGAUAUGGUGUAUCUCAAGAUCCAACCAUACAGACAUACCUCUCUCAGUAUCCAUAGACAUUUGAAACUACACUCCCAAGUACUAUGGACCUUUCAGAAUUCUCAAAAGAAUGGGUAAUCAUGCUUAUCAGUUCUGCCUGAAGGGUGCAAGCUUCAUAACACAUUCCAUGCGAGUCAGCUCAAGCAACACAUUGGUACACAUGUCAUUCCCACCCCCACCCGCCAUUGGGAACAAGGGCAGAUACAACUCCAACCUGAAGCUAUCCUAGACAGAAAAUUAAUUCCUCGACCUGAAGGUGAUAUCUCUAUUCCUGUGGUCAGAUGGUUGGUGAAAUGGCUCAAUUUACC